UUUGGGGCUUUGUACCACUAGUAACUUCUCUUUAAAAGGCUCGAACACUGUGUCCAAACUUUGGAAGAACAAGCAAAUGGAGACCCACAACUGCUGAGCUGUCAGUUCUCCCUCCCUCUUCUCCUCUCCUCCAGUUCCUCCUCUUCCUCUCCUUUUUACAUUUUCCCUCUCACUGAGAGCAGGAGAUGAGCUCAGAGGAUAAAAGUUCCACCAUGUCACAGAAGAUCUCCUCUCCAUCUCACAGCAAUAGCAGUUCCUCCUCAAAACAUGACAGCAGACAGGACAGCUGGGAGAUCGUCGAGGGUUUGCGUGGUGGUCUUUCCAAUGUUCAGGAGCCAGAGAAGCAGGCCGGCUACAUGCUGAAGAAGAGAAAGUGGCCCAUGAAAGGCUGGCACAAAAGAUUCUUCUACCUGGAUAAGGGCAUUUUGAAGUACGCCAAAUGCGCAGCUGAUGUCGAGAAAGGCAAGCUCCACGGGUGCAUUGAUGUGGGGUUGUCCGUCAUGGCCAUUAAGAAGAAAGCCAAGUGCAUUGAUCUGGACGCCGAAGAAAACAUUUAUCACCUGAAGAUCAAGUCCCAGGAGCUGUUUGAUGAAUGGGUCUCUAAGCUCCGUCACCACAGACUUUACAGGCAGAAUGAGAUCGCCAUGUUCCCUCAUGAGAAAAUGCUCUUCCACCCUCAUUACCCCCUCACCUCCUCCCCCACGAUACCUGACAGUCAGUCCAUCAGAAAGCGUGCCUCUCUCGCAAAGCAGUCCUCUCUCCAUUCGCCGUUAUCUUUUACCAGCCAGGCCAAGGUGACCGCCUGGCUCCAGUCUUCUGAUGACAUGGACAGGUGCACCAAAGAACUCUCAGUAUGUGAGGCUCAGCUGCUGGAACUGAAUCACUUGUUGAGAAGUAUGGAGGUGUUACACCGCACCUGCUCCGCCCCAGCCAUCAACGCUCUGCAGGCCUCAACGUAUGACAGCCCAAAAAAAGAGAAGAGACAUCCCAGAAAAUGGCGUCCCAAGAAUUACGGGAAAGACAACAAAACAACCCUGCAGGUUCCGAGCUGUAUCUCAGCAGACUCUGUCCGUCUCCAUGCGUCCAAUCCCAACCUUUCUUCAGUAGACCUGACCAAUGAGAAGACUUACCAUGAAACUCAAGAAUCGCCUAUAGAUGUAUCUAAACUGCAGGAAGACUUCUGUUGUGUCGCAAACAACCUUCAUACAACCAUGAAAUCAGCCCUGUGCAUGUUGACGACAGAGAAAGAGAGACUUAAACAGAUGCUGGAGCACGAGUCUUGUCCUGCCCCCUCGGCCCAGCUCCUGGGACUGAAGAAUACCCUGGCUGCUGCUGUAACACAGAACGCUGAGCUGCGAGAGCGUCUGUGCAAGAUUCACGCUGAGUCGCACAUCCCUGAGCCCUCUGUCCAUAUAAACCUCAGCUCUGGCCCCCUGCAGAAGCAAGACUCCAGUGAUGGUUCCCGUCCUCUUGUUCACCAGGCAUCUAAUGAGAGCAGAGCUUCCAUUACAGAGUCUCUAUCGGAGUUCUUUGAUGCGCAGGAAGUGCUGCUGUCAGCUAGCUCUUCAGAAAAUGAGCCUUCGGAAGAUGACUCAUAUAUCAGUGACAUCAGUGACAACGUGUCUAUGGAUAACUUCAGCAAUGAGGUAGAGAAUGAGAGACUCAAUACAGGCUGUGUAGAGAACGGUGGUUCUCAAGAACAGCGGCGGUCUUGUCUUCCCUCCCCCAGUCCCAAUACCAGCAACAUCAGCCUGUGGAACAUCCUGAAGAACAAUAUUGGGAAGGACUUGUCUAAAGUAGCCAUGCCUGUUCAACUCAACGAGCCGCUCAACACUCUGCAGAGACUGUGUGAGGAACUGGAGUACAGCGAACUGCUGGACAAGGCUGCACACACACAGGACCCGUUUGAGCGCAUGGUGUACAUCGCUACAUUUGCUGUGUCCGGCUAUGCUUCCAGUUACUACAGAGCAGGAGGAAAACCCUUUAAUCCAGUGUUGGGUGAGACCUACGAGUGUGAUCGUCCAGACAAAGGCUUUUGUUUUGUGGCGGAGCAGGUCAGCCAUCACCCCCCCAUUUCUGCAUGUCAUGCCGAAUCUAAAAACUUCAUCUUUUGGCAAGACGUGAGGUGGAGGAAUAAGUUUUGGGGAAAGUCCAUGGAGAUUGUGCCUGUUGGAACUACACACGUGGUUCUCCCUGGCUUUGGAGAUCACUAUGAAUGGAAUAAAGUAACAGCAUGUAUUCACAACAUUCUGAGUGGGCAGCGCUGGAUCGAGCACUACGGCGAAAUCUCCAUAAAAAACUCCAACAGUGAAAAAUGCCAGUGUAAAGUCACCUUCAUCAAGGCAAAGUACUGGAACUCCAGCAUGAAUGAGGUGGAGGGAGCUGUCACAGAUCACAAAGGGAAAGUCGUGCACAAGCUGUUUGGGAAAUGGCACGAGGGGAUGUACUGCGGCAGCCCACCCUCUGCUACCUGCAUCUGGAGGAUGAAUCCCAUGCCUCCUGACUAUGAGCAGUACUACGGUUUCACUAAGUUUGCUAUGGAGCUCAAUGAGCUCGACCCUCUUACCAAACCACUUCUUCCACCCACAGACACCAGACUACGGCUCGACCAGAGGUUAUUGGAGGAAGGGAACAUUGAAUCUGCGGAGGUGCAGAAGCAGAGGAUCGAACAGCUGCAGCGAGAGAGACGCAGAGUCCUGGAGGACAACCACAUGUUACAUCAACCUCGAUUCUUCCAAAAGUCCAGAGAUGACACCUGGGUGAGCAACAACACUUACUGGGAGUUAAGGAAAGAUCCUGGAUUCAGUAACUUUGACUGUCCGGUCCUCUGGUAACCCAGAGGCAGCCAAUAUACAGCUGUGCUCACUGUUGCCUGCUCUUAACUGUUCCACCUUCCAGAGACAACACACAUCUUGUGAGGUAGAGACUGAUACAGCUGUGAGAGACCGGUGGCUGCAGAAUUACAAUCUGAUCGUUUCAAAUCAUUCCUUAAUAUUUAUUAUUUAAUGUCCCAGCAGUUCAUUGCCUUAAUAUGCUUACAUUAUGUUGUAGUGUCAUUUAUGCAAAUGGAUCCAUUGGAAGUAUGAGAAAUAUGCAAUCCUGCCCAGUAAUUAUUUUUUUUGGCUGAUGUGCAUAGUAAGUAGCACAAGAAACCAAGAGAAAAACUGUUGGAUUGUGUCUAAACUGUUGGCUAAACGUAGUACUGCAGGUGAUCGCACCUUUAAAAAGAUGGAUAGUAUGUUGUCAGAACAAAACUGCGUUGUCUACCUCUUAAAAUCAAAAUGUCGAGGAAUUUAUGAUGUAUAUUAGACUAUGAAUAUAAUCCAUAUAAUGCCUUAUAUAAAAUUAUAUACAUAAACUUUGCUAGAACUUUUAAUCAAGUCCAAUGUAUCGUCACAAAGUAUUGUAAUUUUAUGACCGCCUUUUACUCUGAGACACUUGAAUGAACAAAAUGUUUGAGGUUCUCAGAAAUAUUUAUAUAUACAUCUUAACUUAUUCACAAGACUGACAGAUGACUCAACAAUACUGAACAUGACCAUCACACACGUGAGCCUGCCAGUGUUUGAAAGCUUCUGCCUCACAGUUUGACCUGUAACCUGUGCUCAGUUCACUACGACGAAUGAUGUUGGGGGACUGGGGGACUUGCGUGUUGAUCGCUGCAGCGUUUCCUCUGUCCUUCAAUAAAGUCUCAUUUUAAAGAUGGUUCUUUGAUUGUUUU